CAGGUGCUUUGCUUUCACUCGUGGUUUACACACAGACGGUAUAACUCACUUCAUACGGGACUGUCUGGAAGAAAGAAAGGAAUCCACAAACACAGCAAAUUUGGCAACGAUUGGGCGGUCAUAACUUUGGCCUCUCUGUCCGAAGCGGUGUACACGUUCUAAUUGGAUUUUGUCGAUAACUUGGCGUGAGAUCUGAAGCUCUGUAAGGAGGAACUCCCUAACUACAGAUUCAGGGACUUCCCCUUCUCUCUCCUGGAUACCUGUCGCAGUUGCAAAUGAGAACUUGUUCUCAACUGGCCUACCUGGUUAAAUUAAAAGAAUCUUACCCAAAUGCAUGAUGGGGGUCUGCCACAACUUCUGGACCCAGCGCCCCCCACCUGACGCCCAUGAUGCCCAGCCCCUCAUCGCUAAACAAUGCAGUACUGAUGACAGCCAGAAGGGGGCAGACAGAACACAGCUCAAAAAGAGACGCUGGUGUCGCAACAGCUGCCUUUGCCUGUUUCUGUUCCUGGUCGUGAUGAUGACUGUGGUCAUCCUGGAAGUUGACCUCAAAGAACGGAUCUCACCUUCAACAACCAAUCCAGCAGCAAACAUGUCCCGAGGACCGUACCAUGUACAAUACCCACAUGAGUACUCCUUCAUCCUGGAUGAGCCAGAGAAAUGCCGGGAGCAGAACCCCUUCCUGGUUCUGAUGGUGCCAGUGGCGCCCUAUAACAGGGAGGCUCGUGAGGCCGUCCGCAGGACUUGGGGCAGUGAGAGGCAGGUACUGGGCAGAGAGGUUUGUCUGUUCUUCCUGCUGGGACUGCCCAGUGGAGAGGAGACAGAGCAGCUCCAGGAGAAGGUGCUGCAGGAGAGCAAAGAGCACCAGGAUCUGCUGCAGAGCGACUUCAUAGACAGCUACAAAAACCUGACCAUCAAGACCAUGGUGAUGAUGGAGUGGCUGAGCUCUCGCUGCCCCAACGCCUCCUACGCCAUGAAGAUCGACUCAGACAUGUUCCUCAACGUGAACACCUUGGUCAACAUGCUGCUUCACGCUCCAACGCAGAACUACCAGACUGGACUAGUGGCCCGACGGGGCGCUGUUCUAAGAGAUCGUAACUCCAAAUGGUACCUUCCAAAGGAGGUGUUUCCUGAACCGGUAUAUCCACCUUAUGCUCUGGGCCUGGGCUAUGUCUUCACCUUAGACCUCCCCAAGAAGCUGGUGGAGGCGUCCAGGCAUGUUAAAGCCGUCUACAUAGAGGAUGUGUAUCUGGGACUGUGUAUGAGACACCUGGGCAUCCGGCCUACUGACCCCCCCAAUGGAAACCUUUUUCAGGGGUAUGCAGGAGCCCAGGACCGCUGUCACUACAUGGCUGUUAUCACGACCAUCCUCGACACUCCUCAGGAGCUUCUGGACGUAUGGAGAAACUUGCACCAACCUGGGCCUGUCUGUCAUUGAAAACAACACUCUGGGAAAGACAAAGAGCCUUGAGGUUAGAGCGUUGGGCCAAUAACCCAAAAGGGUGAUGGUUCCAAUCCCGGAGCUGACAAAAUGGCAAAUCUGUCACUGUGCCCUUGAGCAAGCACUUAACCCCAGUGCUCCAUGGGUGCUGGACAAUGGUGUCCCUGACCGUGACCUCGCUCCCUGUGGGUGUCUUGUUUGAGCUGUGACUUCCUCUUGGAUGCUUUUCUCUGGGUGUGGUAGAGAGGGAUCACCUUAUCUCUGUGUUUCUGUGGGUGUGGUAGAGAAGGGUCACCUUAUCUCUGUGUUUCUGUGGGUGUGGUAGAGAGGGAUCACCUUAUCUCUGUGUUUCUGUGGGUGUGGUAGAGAAGGGUCUCCUUAUCUCUGUGUUUCUGUGGGUGUGGUAGAGAAGGGUCACCUUAUCUCUGUGUUUCUGUGGGUGUGGUAGAGAAGGGUCACCUUAUCUCUGUGUUUCUGUGGGUGUGGUAGAGAAGGGUCACCUUAUCUCUGUGUUUCUGUGGGUGUGGUAGAGAAGGGUCACCUUAUCUCUGUGUUUCUGUGGGUGUGGUAGAGAAGGGUCACCUUAUCUCUGUGUUUCUGUGGGUGUGGUAGAGAAGGGUCACCUUAUCUUUGUGUUUCUGUGGGUGUGGUAGAGAAGGGUCACCUUAUCUCUGUGUUUCUGUGGGUGUGGUAGAGAAGGGUCACAUUAUCUCUGUUUCUGUGGGUGUGAUAGAGAAGGGUCACAUUAUCUCUGUGUUUCUGUGGGUGUGGUAGAGAAGGGUCACAUUAUCUCUGUGUUUCUGUGGGUGUGGUAGAGAAGGGUCACAUUAUCUCUGUGUUUCUGUGGGUGUGGUAGAGAAGGGUCACCUUAUCUCUGUGUUUCUGUGGGUGUGGUAGAGAAGGGUCACCUUAUCUCUGUGUUUCUGUGGGUGUGGUAGAGAAGGGUCACCUUAUCUCUGUGUUUCUGUGGGUGUGGUAGAGAAGGAUCACCUUAUCUCUGUGUUUCUGUGGGUGUGGUAGAGAAGGGUCACAUUAUCUCUGUGUUUCUGCAGUGGUGGAAAAGGUACUCAAUCAUCACACUGUAGUAACAGUAAAGAUCAUCACACUGUAGUAACAGUAAAGAUUCCUUAAUAGAAAAUGACUCAAGUAAAAGUGAAAGUCCCCCAGUAAAAUACGACUUGAGUAAAAGUCUACAAGUAUUUGGAUAUAAAUAUGCUUUACUAUCAAAAGUAAAAAGUUCAAGUAUAAAUCAAUUCAAAUUCCUUAUAUUAAGCAAACCAGACGGCACUGUUUUCUAGUUUGUUUUAAUUUACAUAUAGCCAGGGGCACACUCCAACACUGAGACAUCAUUUACAGAUAGCCAGGGGCACACUCCAACACUGAGACAUCAUUUACAGAUAGCCAGGGGCACACUCCAACACUGAGACAUCAUUUACAGAUAGCCAGGGGCACACUCCAACACUGAGACAUCAUUUACAGAUAGCCAGGGGCACUCCAAUACUCAGACAUCAUUUCCAGAUAGCCAGGGGCACACUCCAACACUGAGACAUCAUUUACAGAUAGCCAGGGGCACUCCAAUACUCAGACAUCAUUUACAGAUAGCCAGGGGCACUCCAAUACUCAGACAUCAUUUACAGAUAACCAGGGGCACACUCCAACACUGAGACAUCAUUUACAGAUAGCCAGGGGCACACUCCAACACUGAGACAUCAUUUACAGAUAGCCAGGGGCACACUCCAACACUGAGACAUUAUUUACAGAUAGCCAGGGGCACUCCAAUACUGAGACAUCAUUUACAGAUAGCCAGGGGCACACUCCAACACUGAGACAUCAUUUCCAGAUAGCCAGGGGCACACUCCAACAGUGAGACAUCAUUUCCAGAUAGCCAGGGGCACACUCCAACACUGAGACAUCAUUUACAGAUAGCCAGGGGCACACUCCAACACUGAGACAUCAUUUACAGAUAGCCAGGGGCACACUCCAACACUGAGACAUCAUUUACAGAUAGCCAGGGGCACACUCCAACACUGAGACAUCAUUUACAGAUAGCCAGGGGCACACUCCAACACUGAGACAUCAUUUACAGAUAGCCAGGGGCACACUCCAACACUGAGACAUCAUUUACAAACAAAGCAUUUGUGUUAAGUGAGUCCUCCAGAUCAGAGGCAGUAGAGGAUGUUCUCUGUUUAGUGAGUCCUCCAGAUCAGAGACAGGAGGGAUGACCAGGGAUGUUCUCUGUUUAGUGAGUCCUCCAGAUCAGAGGCAGUAGGAAUGACCAGGGAUGUUCUCUGUUUAGUGAUUCCUCCAGAUCAGAGGCAGUAGGGGAUGUUCUCUGUUUAGUGAGUCCUCCAGAUCAGAGGCAGUAGGAAUGACCAGGGAUGUUCUCUUGAUAGUUGUGUGAAUUGGACUAUUUUCCUGUCCUGCUAAGCAUUCAAAAUGUAUUGACUAUUUUUGGGUGUCAGGAAAUUGUAUGGAGUAAAAAUAACAUUAUUUUCUUUAGGAAUGUAGUGAAGUAAAAGUUGUCGAAAAUGACCAUAUUAGAGACACAUAUUUCCCUCAGAUUACACAGACCCACAAAGAAUUUGAGAACAAAUCCAAUUUUUGGUGAUGUGGAGGUAAACCCAGGCCCUGCGUGUCCCCAGGCACCCUCAUUUGUUGACUUCUGUGAUCGAAAAAACCUUGGUUUCAUGCAUGUCAAUAUCAGAAGCCUCCUCCCUAAGUUUGUUUUGCUCACUACUUUAGCACAAUCCGCCAACCCUGAUGUCCUUGCCGUGUCUGAAUCCUGGUUUAGGAAGGCCACCAGAAAUUCUGAGAUUUCGAUACCCAGCUACAACAUUUUCCGUCACGAUAGAACUGCCAAAGGAGGAGGACUUUCAAUCUACUGCAGAGAGAGUCUGCAAAGUUCUCAUACUUUCCAGGUCUAUACCCAAACAGUUUGAACUUCUAAUUUUAAAAAUUAACCUCUCCAGAAAUAAGUCUCUCACUGUUGCCGCCUGCUAUCGACCCCCCUCCGCUCCCAGGUGUGCCCUGGGAACCAUUUGUGAAUUGAUCGUGCCCCAUCUAGCUUCAGAGUUCGUUCUGUUAGGUGACCUAAACUGGGAUAUGCUUAACACCCCGGUAGUCCUCUAAUCUAAGCUAGAUGCCCUCCAAUCUCACACAAAUCAUUAAGGAACCCACCAGGUACAACCCUAAAUCCAUAAACAUGGGCUCCCUCAUAGACAUUAUCCUGGCCAACUUGCCCUCCAAAUACACCUCUGCUGUUUUCAAUCAGCAUCUCAGCGAUCCCUGCCUCAUUGCCUGUAUCCGCUAUGGGUCCGCGGUCAAACGACCACCCCUCAUCACUGUCAAACGCUCCCUAAAACACUUCUGCGACCAGGCCUUUCUAAUCGACCUGGCCCGGGUAUCCUGGAAGGAUAUUGACCUCAUCCUGUCAGUCGAGGAUGCCUGGUCAUUCUUUAAAAGUAAUUUCCUCACCAUCUUAGAUAAGCAUGCCCUGUUCAAAAAAUGCAGAACUAAGAACAGAUAUAGCCCUUGGUUCACUCCAGACCUGACUGCCCUUGACCAGCACAAAAACAUCUUAUGGCGGACUGCAAUAGCAUCGAACAGUCCCCACGAUAUGCAACUGUUCAGGGAAGUCAGGAACCAAUACACGCAGUCAGUCAGGAAAGCAAAGGCCAGCUUUUUCAAGCAGAAAUUCGCAUCCUGUAGCUCCAACUCCAAAAAGUUCUGGGACACUGUGAAGUCCAUGGAGAACAAGAGCACCUCCUCCCAGCUGCCCAGUGCACUGAGGCUAGGUAACACGGUCACUACUGAUAAAUCCAUGAUAAUCAAAAAUGUCAAUAAGCAUUUCUCAACAGCUGGCCAUGCCUUCCUCCUGGCUACUCCAACCCCGGCCAACAGCUCCGCUACUCGCCCAAGCCUCCCCAGUUUCUCCUUCACCCAUAUCCAGACAGCAGAUGUUCAGAAAGUGCUGCAAAUCCUGGACCCGUACAAAUCAGCUGGGCUAGACAAUCUGGACCCUCUUUUUCUAAAACUAUCCACCGCCAUUGUUGCAACCCCUAUUACCAGCCUGUUCAAUCUCUUUCGUAUCGUCCGAGAUCCCUAAAGAUUGGAAAGCUGCCGCGGUCAUCCCCCUCUUCAAAGGGGGUGACACCCUAGACCCAAACUGCUGCAGACCUAUAUCCAUCCUGCCCUGCCUAUCUAAAGUCUUCGAAAGCCAAGUUAAUAAACAGAUCACUGACCAUUUAGAAUCCCACCGUACCUUUCCGCUGUGCAAUCUGGCUUCCGAGACGGUCACUCACGCCGCCAAACUUACCCCAGUAAAACUGACUAUCCUACCGAUCCUCGACUUCGGCGAUGUCAUCUACAAAAUAGCUUCCAACACUCUACUCAGCAAAUUGGAUGCAGUCUAUCACAGUGCCAUCCGUUUUGUCACCAAAUCACCUUAUACCACCCACCACUGCGACCUGUAUGCUCUAGUCGGCUGGCCCUCGCUACAUAUUCGUCGCCAGACCCACUGGCUCCAGGUCAUCUAUAAGUCUAUGCUAGGUAAAGCUCUGCUUUAUCUCAGUUCACUGGUCACGAUAACAACACCCACCUGUAGCACACGUUCCAGCAGGUAUAUCUCACUGAUCAUCCCCAAAGCCAACACCUAAUUUGGCCGCCUUUCGUUGCAGUUCUCUGCUGCCAGUGACUGGAACGAAUUGCAAAAAUCGCUGAAGUUGGAGACUUUUAUUUCCCCCACCAACUUUAAACAUCAACUAUCUGAGCAGCUAACCGAUCGCUGCAGCUGUACAUAGUCCAUCUGUAAAUGGCCCACCCAAUCUACCUACCUCAUCCCCAUACUGUUUUUAUUUUAUUUACUUUUCUGCUCUUUUGCACACCACUAUCUCUACUUGCACAUCAUCAUCUGCUCAGUUAUCACUCCAGUGUUAUUAAUCUGCUAAAUUGUAAUUAUUCGCUCCUAUCUCAUGCCUUUUGCACACACUGUAUAUAGACUUUAUUUUUUCUACUGUGUCAUUGACUUGUUUGUGUUAUUGGCUUGUUUAUUGUUUACUCCAUGUGUAACUCUGUUGUCUGUCACACUGCUUUGCUUUAUCUUGGCCAGGUCGCAGUUGCAAAUGAGAACUUGUUCUCAACUGGCCUACCUGGUUAAAUAAAGGUGAUCUGGCCUACCUGGUUAAAUAAA